GGAUUCUUUGUUCACUCUUAUGCUCCACAGUACCUAUCGCCAAGCGCUUAAGCCCACUUGGCUGUCAUUCCCCGUUCACGCAAGCGUUGACCUCUUCGUCACAAAAUACACAUAGCAUAGCAUUACUUCAUAGGUUAUUUAGCUCGAGUACAAAAAUGGUGGAGAAGAUGCACACGAAGGUAUGCAUUAUUGGGAGCGGGCCUGCAGCGCAUACCGCGGCCGUGUACACCGCACGCGCGGAGCUGCAACCCAUCCUGUUUGAGGGCUUCAUGGCCAACGGCAUCGCGGCCGGUGGCCAGCUGACCACCACCACCGACGUGGAGAACUUUCCGGGCUUUCCCGAGGGUAUCCUGGGUGCAGAGCUGACCACCCGCUUCCGGGAACAGUCGGAGCGCUUCGGCACCCGCAUCUACAGCGAGACGGUGGACAGCAUCGACACCUCCCGGCGGCCCUUCACGGUGCGCACCGCGGACAAGGAGGUCACCGCCGACAGCCUCAUCAUCGCCACGGGCGCGGUGGCGCGGCGGCUGGAGUUCCCCGGCAGCGGCGAGGAGGGCGGCUUCUGGAACCGCGGCAUCAGCGCCUGCGCCGUGUGCGACGGCGCGGCGCCCAUCUUCCGCAACAAGCCCAUCGCGGUCAUUGGCGGCGGCGACAGCGCCAUGGAGGAGGCCACCUUCCUCACCAAGUACGGCUCCAAGGUGUAUAUCAUCCACAGGCGCGACUCCUUCCGCGCCUCUAAGAUCAUGGCCAAGCGCGCGCUGGAGCACCCGAAGAUUGAGGUGCUGUGGAACAGUGUGGUGGAGGAGGCGUACGGCAACGAGAAGGGGCUGCUGGGGGGUGUCAAGGUCAAGGACGUGGUGACGGGCGAGCUGCACGACCUGCCGGUGUCGGGGCUGUUCUUCGCCAUCGGCCACCAGCCCGCCACGGCCUUCCUGAACGGCCAGCUGGCGCUGGACGCCGAGGGCUACAUCGUGACCGCGCCCGACUCCACCGCCACCUCCGUGCCGGGCGUGUUCGCGGCGGGCGACGUGCAGGACAAGAAGUGGCGCCAGGCCAUUACGGCGGCGGGCACCGGAUGCAUGGCGGCGCUGGAGGCGGAGCACUUCAUCUCGGCGCACGAGGCGGAGCCGGAGGCGGACGGGGCGAAGGAGCCCGCGGCUGCAGCGGCGGCUCCGGUGGCAGAUGGUAAUCUCUGAUGACGCCAGGACGGAGGGCUGUAGCGGAGGUUGCUGGCUCGGGCUGGCAGUAGCAGGGGCUGGAGCGCGGCGUUCGGAGGGGCGCACGUGCGUAUGUGGUCAGACAGCUGCGGGGGUAGGGUUAGGUCAGUUAAGUACAGGGUUGGCAGGGCCUUAGAUUUAGAUAACUAAGGAUAUGCUUAUGUAAGCUUAUAUAUAACUUAGACAUUAGACAGAAGCCCCCCGACGACCAUAGUCAACGCACGGUCAAACUAAUGUUGCUAUAUAGCAUUAUGUAAGCUUAUCUAAUC